AUGAGCAAACAAAACACACAAGUGAUCCAGUACGGAGGCAGAGAAACCAUAACAGGGGUUCCAAUUCGCAAUGAUAUUUCGAAAUAUGAUAAUGAGUUAAUGGCUAUACUUCAACAAAGCUUAUCUGAAAAAAAAUCUAUACACUUUAUGCCCAAUGAUGUGCAAGAUGCUUUUGA